UCCCCCCCCCUCCUCUCUCUCUCUUUCGAGUACAACAUCUACUAUCGUCUCCUUCUCGGCGCGUUUUCAAUACCCGAGACCACCGAGACGCCGACUUUGUACCGUCGUUCAUAUUCAGAAACACGCUUUAUACUCUUCCUCGCAUUCUAACGACAAAUCUCUUCGCAGGUCGGGUCAUUGUAGAGUAGAGAAGCACCGAGCGGGUGCAAGAGUGUUGAGGAUCCCUCGAUCCAGAUCGCAUCAUUCAGAAUGUCUUCUCAGACUUUGGACCUUCGAGUCGGAGGCAAGUAUAGACUAGGGAAGAAGAUUGGUAGUGGAUCCUUCGGUGAUAUCUACCUCGGUGUCAACAUCGUCACUGGUGAGGAAGUCGCCAUCAAGCUCGAGUCGGUCAAAGCCAAGCACCCGCAACUCGAAUAUGAGUCGAAAGUCUACAAAUCACUCGCUGGAGGUGUCGGUGUGCCAUUUGUGAGGUGGUAUGGAACCGAGUGUGACUUUCACGCAAUGGUGCUCGACUUGCUUGGCCCAUCCCUUGAAGAUCUCUUCAACUUUUGCAACAGGAAAUUCUCCCUCAAGACUGUACUCUUGUUGGCCGAUCAACUCAUCAGCCGUGUCGAGUACAUCCACUCUCGCAACUUCAUUCACCGUGACAUCAAACCCGACAACUUUUUGAUGGGAAUCGGCAAACGAGGCAACCAAGUCAACGUCAUCGAUUUCGGUCUCGCCAAGAAGUACCGUGAUCCCAAGACGCACCUACACAUUCCUUACCGCGAGAACAAGAAUUUGACCGGUACCGCUCGUUACACCUCGAUCAACACUCACUUGGGAGUCGAGCAGUCUCGCCGUGAUGAUCUCGAGUCGCUCGCCUAUGUCCUCUUGUACUUCCUCCGAGGUCAGCUUCCCUGGCAGGGUCUCAAAGCCGCUACCAAGAAGCAGAAGUACGACCGUAUCAUGGAGAAGAAGAUGACUACUCCGACCGAGGUCCUGUGCCGAGGUUUCCCCAACGAGUUUAGCAUCUACCUCAACUACUGCCGUUCGCUCCGUUUCGACGACAAGCCCGAUUAUUCCUACCUCCGCAAGCUCUUCCGUGACCUGUUCAUCCGCGAAGGUUUCCAAUAUGACUAUGUGUUUGACUGGUCUGUCCAGCCCACCCAGAAGGCGACUCAGUUGCAGCACGAGACGGCCGCGGCCGCUCAGCAGCACGUGGAUGCCAUGAUGGCAUCUCGCGCCCGCGCUCGUCCUGAAGAUGCGGCGGCUCAGGCUGCCAUGGACACGCAGCGACAACUUCGCAGUCAGACGAGGAUCAACACCCGUGACGCGGCGUGGUAAAACGUCCAAUGCUUGUGGUCGUGAAUGAGACGGGGAGGGGUCGGAGGAAGCACGUCAACAUUGGUUCGGCAGGACAGGGUCAGCGGAUCGCGAAUACAUCAACAUGCGACCGUGAACGAGGCAAAACGACCUCGGACCCUUUUUUCCACGAAUUUGUCCCAUUCCGAUACAUACCCAUGACGAGUUUCCUCUACCUAUUUGAUACAUCUUUAUCUUGCUUCGACAGACCGUCUAAUCCUUCUCCCCUUCGCGACUCGUAUCUCUUCCUCGCGCACCCCUCCACGUUCUUGUCAAAUGAUCAUUCCACACAGCCUCGCCCCAACGAUACCGACACGGUUCUCGACACCAAACCUCCGCUCAGCCUCUUCCACUAUCCCGUACCAACCGGGUCAUCCUUUUCCCACCCUUUCAUGUGUAUUCCACCGAGCUACAUAUCUUGCUCAUCGCUCAUCCUCUGAUCGUUACAGUCCUCUCAUUUUCACCCUCAUCCCUCCCCCUCUCUCAUCUUCCUGGUCCAUGUGACCCUCGUCGAUCGUCGACCGUCGAACAGUAUUGACCGGUCGUUAUCCCCCCAGCUUUGCGACUCCCCCAACCCUGACCGAUAACAGAAUUGUUCCAUGCCCGCGUUGCUUGUGCUGGCCGAGUCCCCGUAUGCCCCACUGUUUGCAGUCUGGGCGCGGGAGGGCGCCAAGUGUAGAUAAGUAUGGUGUUUUGUUGAAUGGGGAGGGAAGGGGGGGGGAGUGGGGAUGGGAUAGAAGAAAGCGUGAUGAGAUGUGAUCGCAUGCAUUCUAUCCAUGUG